GUUUGUUACAAAGGUGAAGGUUAUAUGUCGGUUAGUGACGACGGAAGUGUUUAGGAAUUUUCUUCAUCAGAGGGCUAGCAACUGAUUCAAGAUGACAGAUUCAAAGUAUUUUACAACCACCAAAAAAGGUGAGAUAUUUGAGCUGAAGGCAGAGCUCCAAAGUGAUAAGAAGGACAAGAAGAAGGAGGCAGUGAAGAAGGUCAUCGCCAGUAUGACAGUAGGCAAGGAUGUCAGUGCCCUGUUUCCAGAUGUUAUCAAUUGCAUCCAGACAGACAACUUGGAGCUGAAGAAACUUGUGUAUUUAUACCUGAUGAACUAUGCCAAGAGUCAACCAGACAUGGCCAUCAUGGCCGUCAACACAUUUGUCAGGGACUGUGAGGAUCCUAAUCCACUUAUUCGAGCGCUGGCCGUGAGGACCAUGGGGUGUAUCCGUGUCGACAAGAUCAUUGACUAUCUAUGUCAGCCCCUGAGGAACUGUCUGAAGGACGAGGACCCAUAUGUGAGGAAGACAGCUGCCGUAUGUGUGGCGAAGCUCCACGACAUCAACGCUCAGCUGGUCGAGGAUCAGGGCUUCCUCGAUCUUCUGAAGGACAUGCUGUCGGACUCUAACCCUAUGGUUGUGGCCAAUGCUGUUGCGGCCAUUACUGAGAUUCUGGAGUCAUCACCAACCGCUCAGCAGGUGCUCGUGAUGAACGGCAACACCAUUAACAAGCUCCUGACCGCUCUCAACGAGUGUACAGAGUGGGGCCAGGUAUUUAUCCUGGAUGCCAUCUCAAACUACACACCUAAGGAUGACAAGGAGGCCCAGAGCAUCUCUGAGAGAGUGACACCUCGUCUGGCCCACGCCAACGCCGCAGUCGUUCUGUCAGCUGUCAAGGUUGUGAUGAAGUUCAUGGAAAUGCUGGAACCUAACGGUGAAUAUGUGUCCAUGCUGGUUAAGAAACUAGCCCCACCCCUCGUCACCCUCCUGUCCGCGGAGCCCGAGAUCCAGUACGUCGCUCUCCGUAACAUCAACCUCAUCGUCCAGAAGAGACCAGAUAUUCUGAAGAAUGAGAUGAAGGUAUUCUUUGUCAAGUACAACGACCCCAUCUAUGUUAAACUGGAGAAACUGGACAUCAUGAUCCGUUUGGCCACACAGGCUAACAUAGCCCAGGUCCUGGCAGAACUCAAGGAGUAUGCUACAGAGGUAGACGUGGAUUUUGUGCGUAAAUCUGUGCGUGCCAUCGGACGUUGUGCCAUUAAGGUUGAACAGGCAGCCGAGAGGUGUGUGAGCACGCUCCUUGACCUCAUCCAGACCAAGGUCAACUAUGUCGUACAGGAGGCCAUAGUUGUCAUCAAGGAUAUUUUCCGAAAGUACCCCAACAAGUACGAGAGCAUCAUUGCCACUCUUUGUGAAAACCUAGAUACAUUGGACGAACCAGAGGCCAGGGCGUCGAUGAUCUGGAUCAUCGGGGAGUAUGCUGAGAGAAUAGACAAUGCUGACGAGCUGCUCGAAAGCUUCUUGGAGGGAUUCCAGGACGAGAACACACAGGUACAGCUGCAGCUGCUGACAGCCAUCGUGAAGUUGUUCCUGAAACGCCCUACUGACACCCAGGAGCUGGUACAACAGGUUCUAAGCCUGGCCACACAGGACAGUGACAACCCUGACCUCCGAGACCGAGGAUACAUCUACUGGCGACUGUUGUCCACGGACCCAGCAGCCGCAAAGGACGUUGUCCUGGCCGAGAAGCCACUCAUCUCGGAGGAGACGGACCUGAUCGAGCCGACACUUUUAGAUGAACUCAUCUGCCACAUCUCCAGUCUGGCAUCAGUCUACCACAAGCCACCCAACUCCUUUGUGGAAGGAUCUAAGUCGUCCUUCAAGAGGGCGCUUCCUCCCAGGUCGCAGUCAGGCAACCUUGGCGACACAGAGGAGAUGGGAGCCCCAGACACCUCAUCCCCCGGGGGAGACAUGCCAUCAGCCCAACCCCCACCGCAGGCAACUGUCAUUCCUGGUGUGGACUCCCUCAUUGGGGACCUCCUGGACAUGGACCUGGGGGGACCAUCCAUGCAACAGCAACAGAUGUACUCCAACCCUGCCUCCCAGACCCCCGUACAGACCGCCGGGGCCAUGGAUCUCCUGGGGGAGGGACUAGACUCCCUGCUUGGCGGGCCUGCGACCGGAGGCGAUGCCCUAGGAGGUCUUGGGGAUAUAUUUGGUAUGCCACAGGCCCAGUCCUAUGUCCCACCAUCAGAGGUUUGGUUACAAGCUGUCAAGGGUAAAGGUUUAGAAAUUAAUGGAACGUUCUCGCGGAAAAAUAACGUGGUAUAUAUGGAGUUCACCUUUACAAACCGAGCCAUGCAGCCCAUGUCUGGAUUUGCUGUUCAGUUCAAUAAAAACAGUUUUGGUUUGACGGCUGCGGCACCUCUACAAGUUCAAAGCCCACUGUCGCCUAAUCAGGGGGCGUCGGCCUCCCUGGAGCUCAAUCAUGUGGGGCCAGUCCAGAAGAUGGAUCCCCUAAAUAACCUACAGGUGGCUGUUAAGAACAACAUAGACGUGUUCUACUUUAGCUGUAGUAUCCCGAUGCACGUGCUGUUUGUGGAGGACGGUGAGAUGGACAAGCGAGUGUUCCUGGCUACCUGGAAGGAUAUACCUGCCACUAACGAGGUCCAGAGUACCAUAUCUAACGUACAGCAUAAUGCAGAUACAGUUCAACAGAAAUUAAGAAACAACAACAUUUUCACGAUUGCUAAGCGUAAUGUUGAAGGUCAGGAUAUGCUAUACCAAUCUCUCAAGCUCACCAAUGGAAUAUGGGUCCUGGCCGAGCUCAAGAUCCAGCCAAGCAACCAGAACUUCAUGCUCUCACUAAAGGCCAGAGCUACAGAUGUUUACCCUGGAGUACAGCAGGCCUACGAUACAGUCCUUCACAACUAGAGACCCUAUACCUUUUCCAGAGGAAAGGUCAAGUGUACUGCAGUAUACAACGUCUGCUGGUAUUUACAGAGACUGAAAUGUGAAAAUAUUCCUAAUCACGGAAUUGGAAAAUAAUGUUGGCAUUCGUUGUAUUGAGGUUUAACAACAGGGCAUGUGAUCAAUCUAUCUUUCAUUGUGUGGUAUUUUUAAACUUAAAUAUUUAUAUCAGACAUCUAGUGUCACCGGACAUCUUUUCUGCGAGACAGUAAUUGGACCAUAACUUGAGAUUCUUAACUUUUCUUUGUGUAUAUUAUCCUCAUCAAUAAAAUAAUAAGACAUUUAACUUAUUUCUAUUGGAAGCUGAAAGAUUAAAUUAUGAGUUCCCUCGAUUGUUGCCAUUUUAAAUCAUUACUACCAUGUUUUUUUGAUAUUGAUUAAACCCUUUCGCCACUGUAAACCAUGACGGACUCGACCAAAUAAAUGUAUGGAAGAGUCUACUCAAGAUACAUAGGGAUGUAAAGGUGCUUUUCUUGAUGUUAUUGAUUGCAAACAAAUAAGAGAUAAAUAACUGGAAACUGAGAUUUGAUGCUCUUCAAAAUGACCACCAGACUAAUUGUAAGCUUACCAGGGCUAAACUGUUCCUUCAUGCCUCUACAUAAAAAAAACAAGAGGUUGCAAAAUGUACCCGAGACUCGGCGUAUUCAGUAAAGUGUUGACGUAUAUUAUAUUGUAAACAACGUAGCGGAACUGGACUGGGUCAAUCGCCUGCAAUCUGGUAGCUCUAAUGAUUUGAAUGUAUGUUUAGAGCUCACAGGACCCUGGUUUGAAUCCUGGUCUGGCCGUUAUUUUAUUUAUUUCUUGUUGUAGAAACAUUUCAAUUUAUCGUAUGAACUGCAUAACGGUAUGGCAGAUGAAAGUUGUUGACCAGUUUUACUGUUCUGGCUCAGAUCUUUUGACUACAAUUGAUAAAAUACCCAUAAUGCUUUAUAUCUUCCAAAUUUUGCGGGGUCUCAUCUUUAACCUUCAAACAUUUAAAACAUUUAAGAAAAAUCAUAAGGUGAUGAAAAUUGUUUAAAUUACGAGUCAUUUUCAUGGGAUAGAAAUUGAAUGUUGCACCUGUAGUGUAUUUUGUAUACUGACGUUAUCAGUUUGAUUAUGUUCCAGCUAUAUAAAUGAUUCUUAUUGGAAACAUGUGUUUAAGAUUAUUGUUGUAUAUUAUAAUUUAUAUCUGUACUUUGUAGUGGGUGUUAACUCCAGUAAUAAAAGGAUCACUCGUUG